AGUUGCCACUGGGGGCAGCAAACAGCGUCUGGUCUGAAAUGAGACGAAGAAGAAAACAACGCCAAGUCUCCGACGACGAAGAAAAAAAAGGAAAGUAGCAACAAGACGCUAACGAGGAGUGCUAUUUUUGUGUUCUUUUGUCGCGCAGUGUGUUCCUCGUUAAUUACACAUUUCUUUGUUAGUCAAUUAGUGGUAGACUAAACGUCACUUUUUCUUAUAACGGCCUCGUCUCAGUGUACUAAGAAGCUUCUCGUUUGAGCUUAGCUUGUUAGCUGCUAACAAAAGAGACCCGGAAGUUAGCAACACACGCUAACUGCUGCUGUUGUGUUGAAAAUGUGCAAAGUCCAAAUGCUGCGAGCGUUGGUCAAUGAGCGGAUGACUGCUGUUGUGGAAGAAAUAUUUGUGGUCUUGGAAAGAACGAUAGCGGAGUACGAGGAGGAACUUUGUCGAACGAAAGAGGAGAACGAGCGACAACGUCAACUACUGGACGCUGUUUUCAAACCUCCAAAUGAGUCACACAUGGCAGAUGUCAGUGAGGAAGAUCUUCCCCCUGAGCAGCAACAGUGGAGCCAGGUGGAGUCACAGCCCCCCCACAUUAAAGAGGAAGAGCCAACGUGGCUUCAGAAGGAUGCCGACGUCAGCAAGUUUCCGGUCACUUGUGUGAUCGUGAAGAGUGAAGAUGAUGAGGACGGAGCUCAGUGGCCACAGCUUGAUUGCAGUCAAAGACGAUUAGAAGCGGCACGCUUCUUAGCGCCGCUGUCUGAUAAUGAGAAGAUGCCACACUCUCCUGACAGCGACGACGGGGACUUCAGAGGUGACAUUAACAAACACUUUAAAUGCUCUCAAUGUGACGAAACGUUCGACAGGAAGACGACUUUGAAGAGACACACGAUGAUCCACACGGGAGGAAAAACAAUCAGGUGCUCAGUUUGCGGUAAGACGUUUAUCCGACAGGCACAUUUGAUUUCGCACAUGAGAACACACACGGGCGAGAAGCCAUUCGCGUGCUCGGUUUGCGGCGAAAGAUUCUCGCUGAAAGGCAACCUGAUCAGACACAAUCGAACGCACACGGGAGAAAAGCCCUUCUCGUGUUCGGUCUGCAACACGCGCUUCAGCGUCCGUCCCGCUCUCAUCCAACACAUGAGAACGCACACCGGCGAGAAACCGUUCCAGUGCUCGUUUUGCGGCGAGAGGUUCUCUCAGAGGGGACAUUUGAUUGGACACACACGGACGCACACGGGGGAAAAACCCUUUUCCUGCUUGGUCUGCGGUAAAAGGUUCUCAAUAAAGGGGACUUUGAAAGUCCACACGAGAACGCACACCGGCGAGAAACCAUUCAGUUGCAAUGUGUGCGAGAAAAAGUUCUCUUAUAAGCACCAGCUUAACAAACACAAGUGUGCUGGCGAGAGCAGCAGCAGUCAAACACGUUUCCCUGCCUAAAUAUGACUUUUAUUGGAGCAUAAACAUCAGGUAUUUGUGAUUGUAUUUCAUGCCUUUAUGUAUAUCGUUAAUCCAAAUGUGUAUAAAACACUUUGUCAUCCAAAUAAUCUAUCUUUCUUCUUGUAGACAAGUUUACAUGUGACCCUAAAUAAAAGAUGAGUGAGACCCUAAU